CGACCACCAUGGCAGGCCGUGCCCUCACUCUCCUCUUCGCACUUCUGCCCGCGGCGGCGUCGGCGUACUCUCAUACCCACCCUGUUCUAGCUUGGUCGUCUCACCACUCGAACGCGCUGUCCUCAUCCGCAGCCGCGCAAGGCCACAAGACGGAUUCGCAUACGCUUGCAAGUGCGCUGUACAACCAUGAUAAUAUCUGCGAGCACGACGCGGUAGUCGUCAUUGACCACGCUGGGCUUCACGCGUCGGACCUACGUGCUCUCGAGCCCUCUUGCCAUGUGGCGAAGUCCCUCUCCAGCGCGCCGUCCUCGUUGAAGUUCGCGUAUGUUGAAAGCGGAAGCCACCACGCCAACCCGUUCCGUGACCUCGCGGGUGACCUUGCGAAGCGUUGCGGUUCGCACUCCGUAAGCCACACACCGGAUCUUGGCGACCUGGAGGUCGAUGCUGGGAAGGGCAGGCACGUUGUUUCCAUCUCCCUUCCGGCCCUCGAGGAUGGCGAGGAAGGCGCGUCGCGGAAGAGCAGCAUGGCGGAGCACCAGUCGUGGUUGUCCGGCGAGCUCUCGAAGAUCGAGGCCGCAUUCUCCAACUACCUAGUGAUCUACUCCGGGUCGCCUGCCUCGCUUCUCCACGGCCGCCAGUCCACCGGAAGCUCGUCCACCUUCGAUGCGGCAGCAGCCCCCUCGGACCCGAGCCCCACCGGAGGCAUCCUGAAGCGCUACCAGCUGCUCACGCCAGGCCUCAUUCUCGCGCUCCUCGUCGCCUUCUUCGUGCUCCUCCCCAUCAUCUUCCUCGGCGUGUCUGCGCUCGCGAGCAUCCAGUCGCCGCUCUCCAACGAGAUCCCGAAGGGCUUCAGCGCGGAGGAGAAGAAGAACCAGUAAUAGGGCCCCCAUCGGACCGCAUGUACGAACCUGGAUUGCUAUCUAAUCCUUUUUUGUCGCCA